GGAGGCGGAGGAGGCGGUCGAGCCGCUCCAGGGAAGUUUUCUCGCCGCCGCCUCCCCGAAACCCCUCCCCGCCGAGCGCGGCUCCGCGCUCCUCGAAACUUACCGCCGGGCGCCCUCGGGGAGCCGCCGGGCCCGCGCCGCCGCCCCGGAGGCUCCGCGGAGUGUGUGUGUUCUAGGACUGUCUGAACCUCCCUGUAACUAAUAGCCCGUAUAUAAUUUGGAAGGAGAAAUCUUCAAUGGAAGACCCCGAGGGAAUAAAUGGGAAGUCUAACCAAACCUCUGAAUGAAGCUUAAAAAUAGUGCCUUCAGGAAAACCUUUGCAACAUUGCAGGACAAUGAGAUUGCCGUCUGCAAAUCCUUGAAUAGUGAAAGGGUGCAGAAGUCCCAAACCAGUUCAGAUGUUGCUGUUUCCUCAAGCUGCAGGUCUAUGGAAAUGCAGGAUCUAGCCAGCCCACACAGACGACUAAGUGGUAGUAGUGAAUCCCCCAGUGGUCCAAAACUUGAUAACUCACAUAUAAAUAAUAAUUCCAUGACACCCAAUGGCACAGAAGGUGACAUGACCCUCCUCAGCACUGCAGACUGGUUGCUCAGCCCUAGCACACAGAGCCCCACAGGCACGGAGGAAGGAUGGCGAAGAGCAAAGGGAGAAGAAAACCAGUAUGAUGAGGGCAAGAAUGUGCCAGGACCGAAGGAGAAGGGAGGGAUGAGAGGAGGCGAGGAUGCUGAGGGGCUCGGGCAGAGCAGCUGGCGCUGCCCUCGGCGGGCGGCGCGCCGGGGUUACCUUUGCGGGCAGGGCAGAGCCGGGCAGAGCCGAGCAGAGCCGAGCAGAGCCGAGCCGGGCCGGGCCGAGCCGGGCCGGGGGAGGAGUGAGCCCUCCGCAGCUGUCACGGGCCCCUGA